AUGCCGUCGGCCGUGUGCGGAGGCCUGGCAGGGUCCGAGCUACGUCACCGGAGGGGCCGCGGUGGGCCCCAGGCUGCCAGGGCCGCGGUCCCGGAGGAGGCCGCUGAGGCUGCGGCGCAGAACCCCAAACGGCCCGCUCCGGGCUCACGGCCCUCGGAGGCGGCCUGCCGGUGGGUACUGCUGGCCCUGGUGACGCUGCUGGCCUUCGCCACCCGCUUCCAUCGUCUGGACCAGCCACCUCACGUCUGUUGGGAUGAGACUCACUUUGGAAAAAUGGGAAGUUACUAUAUCAACCGUACCUUUUUCUUUGAUGUGCACCCCCCGCUGGGAAAGAUGCUGAUAGGUCUUGCCGGCUACCUGAGCGGGUAUGAUGGUACCUUUAUGUUCCAGAAGCCCGGGGACAGAUAUGAGCAUCACAACUACAUGGGAAUGAGAGGAUUCUGUGCGUUCCUCGGUUCCUUGCUGAUCCCCUUUGCCUACCUCACUGUGCUGGAGCUGUCCAAGUCCCUCCCCGCAGCACUGCUCAGUGCGGCCCUCCUCACCUUUGACACAGGAUGCCUCACUCUGUCCCAGUACAUCCUCCUUGACCCCAUUUUGAUGUUCUUCAUCAUGGCUGCUAUGCUGAGCAUGGUCAAGUACAACUCCUGUGCUGACAGGCCCUUCUCUGCCCCCUGGUGGUUUUGGCUCAGCCUGACUGGCAUUAAUCUGGCUGGUGCUAUAGGGGUCAAGUUUGUUGGCCUCUUUAUCAUCCUGCACGUGGGAUGGAACACCGUAUCAGACCUUUGGCGCCUGUUUGGAGACCUCAGUCUUUCAUUGGUGACUGUGGGAAAACACCUGACUGCGUGCAUUCUGUGCCUCAUAGUGCUGCCACUGGCUCUCUACACGGCCAUCUAUGCUGUUCACUUUGCGGUGUUGAAUCACAGCGGUCCCGGCGAUGGCUUCUUCAGCUCUGCCUUCCAGGCCCGGCUCUCAGGAAACACCCUUCACAACGCUUCCGUCCCUGAGUACCUGGCCUUCGGCUCUGUGAUCACCGUGAAGAACCUGCGGAUGGCCAUCGGCUAUCUCCACUCCCACAGGCACCUCUACCCCGAGGGCAUUGGCGCCCGCCAGCAGCAGGUCACCACCUAUCUGCACAAGGACUAUAACAACCUGUGGAUUAUCAAGAAGCAGAAUACAGACUCAGAUCCCCUCGACCCUUCAUUCCCAGUGGAGUUUGUACAACAUGGAGACAUCAUUCGACUAGAACAUAAAGAGACCUCUCGGAACUUGCACAGUCAUUAUCAUGAGGCCCCCCUGACCCGGAAGCACUACCAGGUCACUGGCUAUGGCAUAAAUGGGACAGGGGACUCAAAUGAUUUCUGGCGGAUUGAGGUUAUAAACAGAAAAUUUGGAAACCGGAUCAAAGUGCUGAGAAGUCGAAUUCGCUUCAUUCAUCUGGUCACAGGUUGUGUCCUGGGCUCCUCGGGAAAGGCUCUGCCCAAGUGGGGCUGGGAGCAGCUGGAAGUUACUUGUUCUCCGUACCUAAAGGAAACCCUCAGCUCCAUCUGGAAUGUGGAGGACCACAUCAAUCCCAAGUUGCCGAACAUCAGCCUGGACGUGCUGCAGCCCAGUUUUCCCGAGAUCUUGCUGGAGUCCCACAUGGUGAUGAUCCGGGGGAACAACGGCCUCAAACCCAAGGACAACGAAUUCACAUCCAAACCCUGGCACUGGCCUAUCAACUACCAGGGCCUGCGCUUCUCGGGGGUCAAUGACACGGACUUCCGAGUGUACCUGCUCGGCAACCCGGUGGUUUGGUGGCUGAAUCUGCUGAGCAUUGCCCUCUACCUCCUCUCAGGGAGCAUCAUUGCCGUCGCUGUGCAGAGAGGGGUGCAUCUGCCUGCGGAGGUUGAAGGGCUGUCCCAGGUCCUUCUGCAAGGAGGCGGUCAGCUGUUCCUGGGCUGGGCGCUCCACUACUUCCCCUUCUUCCUCAUGGGCCGGGUCCUCUACUUCCACCACUACUUCCCAGCCAUGCUCUUCUCCAGCAUGCUCACAGGCAUUCUGUGGGACACUCUCCUGCGGCUCUGUGCCUGCGGCCUGGCUGCCUCCUCUCUGGCCAGCGGUGUCCACAUGGGGGGAGUCCUGAGCCUGCUCCUGGGAACUGCCUACAGCUUCUACCUCUUCCAUCCUCUCGCUUACGGGAUGGUUGGACCCCUAGCCCAGGACCCACGAAGUCCGAUGGCAGGACUAAGGUGGCUGGAGUCAUGGGACUUUUGA